CUCCAGGCAGCUAUUUGGCGUCUCUCAGGUUAGGGGCUUUGGCUGAUGUUCAGGGAGAUGGUGUUUCACAUUCAGAGAAACACUUUCUGGCUGCUUUCUGCCCUACUCUUGACACUACUGCCAGUUUCUGUGUAUAAGACAGAGGGGCCCCUCUGCUUCCCCAAAAUCAGCCCUAGCUUUUCCAGAGAUGGGGACCUGAUGAUUGGAAGUUUUCUCCCUCUGUAUGCAGUGAAAGUGAACAAUGUCACAGGAUCAGCAAUUUUUACGAGUCAGCCUAACAAGGACUGUAGGAGUUAUCAGUGGCUCCACAAAAACUUCCAACAGGCCAUGACCAUGAGGUUUGCUAUGCAGGAGAUCAAUAGGGACCCUGUUCUAUUGCCUAACAUUUCCCUGGGAUUCCAAGUCUAUAAUGCCUACCACAGUGAUGAGAGGACCUUGGAGAGCUCCCUGCAGUGGUUGACAGGAGAAAGUCAGCUAGUCCCUAACUAUAGCUGCAGAAAGCAGGAAAAAUCUGUGGCUGUCAUAGGAGGAGCUACAUCAGCUCUGUCUGUCCAGAUGGGAACCCUCCUUGAACUCUACAACUUCCCACAGAUCAGCUUUGGCCCUUUUGAUCCCAUCCUGACUGAUAAGGUCCAGUUUCCUUCUCUCUAUCAGAUGUCUCCCAAGGAUAUCUCCCUGCACCAAGGUGUGGUCAGAUUACUGGCAUAUUUUAAAUGGACCUGGGUAGGUCUGGUGACCACAGAUGAUCUAAGGGGGGAGGAAUUCCUUUGUGAAAUGACAGGAAAGAUGGAAAAGUAUGACAUCUGUGCUGCCUUCACAGAGAAGAUCCCUGUCAGUGAGAGAAGGCAUGAAGAAUCAAAGGUAGAUUUCAUGCCCAGAAUCAUGGAGUCUUCAGCCAAGGUAGUUGUUAUUCAUGGUGAUACAGAUUCAUUAAUGGUUCUGAGAUAUUCACAAGUACCACUUUUUCCAUAUAAGAUAUGGAUCACCACAUCUCACUGGGACAUCACCAUGAGACCCUGCUAUGUUGAUAAUUACAAUUUCUAUGGAUCUCUUACAUUUACUUACCUGACUAAUGAAGUUCCUGGUUUUAAGUCUUUUCUCAGGACGGUCAGCCCUAAUAAAGACCCAAAGGACAUUGUACUUAAGGAUUUCUGGUUGUCAGCUUUCCAGUGCCAGGGUGAACAUAAAAGCCUGGAGCUAGAACAGUGUGCCCCAAAUGCUACCUUGGAGUCUUUGCCUAUAUACCUUUUUGACAUGACCAUAUCUGGCCUGAGUUACACCAUCUACAAUGGUGUGUAUGCUGUGGCUUGGGCGCUUCAUGAAGAGCUUCUGAGGAAAUCAGAGAUAUCACCUGAGGAAGCUGGAGAGAGCUGGGUGCCUCGUCCUUGGCAACUGCACUCCGUUCUGAAAGACAUUCAAUUUCACAAUAGUGCUGGUGACCAGGUGUUUAUGGAUGAGAAAAGAAGAUCUGAGGCUCAAUAUGACAUUAGGAAUUAUGUGAUCUUUCUUAAUGAUACUGAAUUCCUGGUGAAAGUGGGCCAGUUUCUCCCCAACACUCAACCUGGUCAAGAUUUCACCAUUUUUGAGGAAGCCAUCAACUGGGGAUGGUUAAAUUCAAAGAUCCCUCGUUCUGUGUGCAGUGAUAGCUGUCACCCAGGAUACAGGAAGACACCUAAAGAAGGAGAGCCUAUCUGCUGCUUCACUUGUUCCCAGUGCCCAGAGGGGGAGAUAUCCAAACAAAUUGACGUGAACCAGUGUGUGAAGUGCCCAGAAGAUGAAUAUCCCAAUAAGGACAGAGACCGCUGCUUCCCCAAGGUUGUGACCUUCCUGGAUUUUACAGGAUCUUUGGGAAUAGCUCUGACAUUGAUAGCUGUUUCCUUCUCUCUCCUGACAGCCCUGGUUCUCGGAGUGUUUGUGAAGUUUCGAGACACCCCCAUAGUCAAGGCCAAUAACAGGGCUCUCAGCUACACUCUGCUCAUCUCCCUCACCUUCUGCUUCCUCUGCUCCCUACUCUUCAUUGGCCGUCCCACUGCAGCCACCUGCCUCCUCCGACAAACAACAUUUGGAGUUGUCUUCACUGUGGCUGUGGCUUCCAUUUUGGCUAAAACCAUUAUGGUGGUUCUGGCUUUCAGGGUUACAAGACCAGGGAGUAUAAUCAGGAUGUGGGUACAAUCAAGGGUGUCCAAGUGUAUUGUCCUCGUGUGCUCUGGGAUUCAAGUGAUUCUCUGUGGCAUCUGGCUGGGCACUUCUCCCCCCUUCCCAGACAUGGACCUGCACUCUGAACCUGGACACAUCAUCAUUCAGUGUAAUGAGGGCUCUGAUAUUGCCUUCUAUUGUGUUCUGGGAUACAUGGGCUUUCUAGCCUUUGGGAGCUUCACGGUGGCUUUCCUGGCCAGGAGCCUUCCUGAUACUUUCAAUGAAGCCAAGUUCAUCACCUUCAGCAUGCUGAUGUUCUGCAGUGUGUGGGUCUCCUUCCUGCCCACAUACCAGAGCACCAAAGGCCAGGACAUGGUGGUUGUAGAGAUCUUCUCCAUCCUGGCCUCUAGUGCUGGGUUGUUGGGCUGCAUUUUUCUUCCCAAGUGUUAUAUGAUCCUCCUGAGACCAGACAGGAACAUCCAAGAAGGGAUAAAGAGAAAAGUGAAUUCCUAG